AAUUUUUCAAAAGCCGGUAAUGUUUUUUUGGCAUUAUUGUCAUCCAUAUAAGUGAACAAAAUAAAUCACUUAUUUCAGACAUUCACUUAAUUUUAUGACAUUUACACAUAAAUAUCAUUUGAAAUUUAUCAUUCUCAUAAAUUAAAAAUUCAAUAUUUCGUUCAAUUUUUCUUUUCUUUUUUUGUUUUUGUUUUACAGUUUUGUUAACAAUAACUUUAAAUAAUAAAAUAAUACUAAUAUUUACUAUAGAUUUUUAUUGUUAAGAUAUAAAUUAAUUUUAAAACUGAAAUAUUGAAAGUUAUAAUUUGACUGAUAUGACAAGAAGAUUCAUAUCUUUAUUUGACAUCAAUUUUAUUUUAUGAAGCAAUGUUCCUAGUAGAUGAUGAUGAUGAUGAUGAUGAUGAUGAUGAUGAUGAUGAUGAUGAUGAUGAUGAUGAUGAUGAUGAUGAUGAUGAUGAUGAUGAUGAUGAUGAUGAUGAUGAUGAUGAUGAUGAUGAUGAUGAUGAUGAUGAUGAUGAUGAUGAUGAUGAUGAUGAUGAUGAUGAUGAUGAUGAUGAUGAUGAUGAUGAUGAUGAUGAUGAUGAUGAUGAUGAUGAUGAUGAUGAUGAUGAUGAUGAUGAUGAUGAUGAUGAUGAUGAUGAUGAUGAUGAUGAUGAUGAUGAUGAUGAUGAUGAUGAUGAUGAUGAUGAUGAUGAUGAUGACGAUGAUGAUGAUGAUGAUGAUGAUAUUUACAUAUCUUAUUUUAUUGAUAAAUUUUGUUUAAGUAGUAAUAUCAUGAUUUGUAAAAUGUGUUCAUUUUAUUUUAGAGUCUUUAAUCAAUUUAACAAUGAGUAUAUAAACUAA